CGACCUAAGUGGUGUAAAUACUGAUUAACAUUGCUGACAACUGGAAGAGCAGGUGGGACCAUAUCCAUUCUUCACCUGGAUCUUUUCAGAUGGAAAAGGAACACCUGUAUGAACUUUGCUCAUUGGAGCCAGUGAUAAUCUGUUCUGCAUGAUAACACUUGCAAGGCAUUAUGAUCUCCUUUGGUUGGUCUUCAUUCAAGUCACCUGAAAUGCUGAGUGAGAUGGGAUUUCACGUCACUUUCUGAUGUGAAAAUACCAGAAUACUGUACUUGCUUAAAUGUCUGCAGGUGUAGCAAAAGCCUUAUAGGAAAAAGUUUCCACAUUUGUGAAACAUGUUCAUAUGUUCUAAUCCCAAAUCUGAUUGGAGAAUUGUCUGAAAAAGUGAAGAUGUUCCAGUGGUUGACAGACAUGAUUUCCCAACAAACCAGGAGAUAAAACGAAAAGAAAACAACGAAAAAACAUGGAGAAGCCUGAGACUAUCUCUAAACUGUGAAGUAUGGAGAGAGCCAUACCAGGUCUGAUGCUCGGUCUCCUGACCAAUCACACGACUUCAAAUUACAUGUCUGACCAGCGGAGUACAACCAAGCCUACCCCUCCCAGCUUGGAGGAGGUCAUCCACUCGGAAUCCCAGAUUAAGGAUCUUGUUGGGCUCUUUUGCAUGGUAACCCUUAACCUUGCAGCCCUAUUGGGCAACAGUGGAGUUAUGGUGGCCAUAGCUCGAGCCCCGCAUAUGAAGAAAUAUGUAUUUGUGUGUCAUCUUUGUGCAGUUGACUUGCUUUGUGCUAUAUUAUUGAUGCCUCUUGGGAUAGUGUCAAGUUCACCAUUUUUCAGCACUGUGGCAUUCACAGUUCUAGAGUGCCAGGUCUACAUCUUUCUAAAUGUGUUCCUCAUAUGUGCCUCUAUUCUUACUGUGACUGCAAUUAGUAUAGAGCGCUACUACUACAUUGUUCACCCUAUGCGUUAUGAGGUAAAGAUGACUUUAAACCUUGCACUUGGCGUUAUGGUCUUUAUUUGGGUGAAAUCUGUUUUGAUGGCUUUGGUUACACUUCUUGGUUGGCCAUCAUAUGGGAACCAGAGCUCCAUUGCAGCAGCCCAUUGCUCUUUACACUGGAGCCACAGUCGCCUCAGGAACGUUUUUGCUAUUCUCUUCAGUGUGUUUUGUUUCUUGGUCCCUGCCGUUGUGAUCUUCACUGUAUAUUGCAAUGUGUACAAAGUUGCACGAACAGCUGCCCGUCAGCACGUCCUGAUGCCGACAUGGACAGCUAACGAAGCCAAGCGUCGCUCAGAUUCUAUCAACAGUCAGACCACUAUGAUAACCACAACCCGAAGCCUUCCCCAGAGAUUGUCUCCAGAGAGGGUCUUUGGGGGUGGAAAGGCUGCUAUCACCCUAGUUGUCAUUGUGGGACAGUUUCUCAUAUGCUGGCUUCCAUACUUCAGUUUCCAUCUUUACAUGUCUAUCAUCACUCCACUUCAGAGCCCAGGAGACAUUGAAGAGGCUGUCACUUGGCUAGCGUACUCCUCGUUUGCAGUGAAUCCAUUCUUUUAUGGUCUUCUGAACAGACAGAUCCGGGAGGAACUCAUAAAACUAAGAAAAUGUUGCACCAGUAGACCUAUAGAACUUCGAGCCUCCAGUCAUGAAGGUUCCAUCCAGGAGAACCUUCUGCAGUUCCUGCAGAGGACCAGCAGCACAGCUGAGAUCACCAGACCUUGUUGUGGCAAUUCCAGCCCAAAGAACACUGUGGACCAGGGUGCCAGAUUACCUGGCCAGAUCCCUGAGGAAUAAACAUAAGUUUGAAGUUUUGUGUUUUAAAAGAAGACCGUUAUGUGCAUGAAUCUAAUUACAAAUUGAAACAAAAAAUUUAUGAAAUGUUAUGACUUAUGAAAAUUCAUUAGCAUUUUGCCCAAUGCAAAGCCAGUAGAAAGAAUCAUGUAAUAGAGAGCAACCAUGCCCACCUUCAUUUUCAGGUGACUUGGUUUCGGAAGUAUUUUUCUAUAGGAAUACAAAGAAUGCUUCAUAAAAGAGUUCUAAGCCGUGAACCAAACCAUCCAGCUCUGAUGUGAAUUAAACCAUUACAAUCUUUGAUUGGAAGCCAAAAAUAUUUUAAAAUCAGACAAAAGGUACAAAAGACAAAAGUACAAGGCUGUGUCCUUAAUGUGUUUCAUGAGGGAAUGAACUACAAUCCCACUGUUACUGAUUGCGUGCGAAUUACCGAAACAAAUUACCAAAACAAUAGAAAAAGUUGUUGAUUGUAAGUUUUGAAACAAUAGAUUUACAUUUUAUUGCAAAAUAUUCAGAUUUGAGUGUAUAGGAUGACCGACUCGAUUGCAUCAUUCACUGUAUGUCAAUCAAGGGGGCUGUCGCUGCAGAGCUUGUUUGGCACACUUUGGUGGCUGUGGUUUUUGGAUUGGUGGCGCAUUUCUCUUCAGCACCAUGCAAUGUAGAUCUUCACCUGGAAUUUAUUUUUAGAUUGAAAUAAUGGCUUCAACAGAAGCAUUUACCAUUGAUUUAUAACUGUAGAGCUCAUGCUAGGGCUGUCCUUAAAGUUUUAUGAGUUAUCGUUAAAAAAUAUAUUUAGCUAUGGAAAAAAAAGAUUUAUUUAUUUUUUCUUCCUGAACCAACAAAACAAAAAAUCUGGUCUAACUGCUCUUUGAACCAGUGUCCCCUUUUGUAAUCUAUGUACUCAUAAUUUGUUGUUAUGGUGCAUGUAUCAGUGACAACAGCAAAUGCUCAAGAUAAGGUCUUAUCAAUAUUUUCAUUAUAUGUUCAUUUAUUGCCACCUGAUAAAACAUUGCGUUAAUCUAUAAUUGCUUUCAUAAUCAUCACCACUU